AUUCCAUCCAAUCAUAAUAGAAGCAGAGCGCGAAGCGUGUGUUUGUAAAGUAAAGGAUGGCAGGACCGGCUUCAGUCGCUGGUGAUGUUUUUGUUGAUGCUCUGCCGUAUUUCGACCAGGGUUAUGAUGCUCCAGGGGUCAGAGAAGCCGCAGCUGCUUUGGUGGAAGAAGAGACAAGACGAUACAGACCAACCAAGAACUAUUUGAGUUACCUGCCCACACCAGAUUUCUCUGCCUUUGAGACGGAGAUCAUAAGGAAUGAGUUUGAAAGACUGGCUGCUCGUCAACCCAUGGAGCUGCUCAGUAUGAAGAGAUAUGAGCUUCCUGCUCCAUCGUCUGGGCAGAAGAAUGACAUCACAGCAUGGCAGGAGAGUGUCAACAACUCCAUGGCCCAGCUGGAGCACCAGGCAGUGCGCAUUGAGAACCUUGAGCUCAUGGCCCAGUAUGGAACUAAUGCAUGGAAGGUGUCUAAUGAUAACUUGGCCUUAAUGAUUGAAAAUGCACAAAAGGAACUGCAGAAGGUUAGAAAGCAGAUUCAGGAUCUGAACUGGCAGCGCAAAAAUGACCAGCUGGCUGGAGGAGCAAAACUGCGGGAACUUGAGUCAAACUGGGUGUCCCUCGUUAGUAAGAACUAUGAGAUUGAGCGAGCCAUCGUUCAGCUGGAGAAUGAAGUGGCACAGAUGAAACAGCAACAGGGCGAUGAGAACAAAGAGAAUAUUCGACAGGACUUUUAAAAGAUGAAAACAGUUUAACAGCAUCUUGAAACUGUGCAGACUUUGCAAAAGCAAAUGAUCACCAAAGUGUGACAUUGUUUUUUAAUGAUCACUAUCACUAUGUUCGUUUUCCUGAUGAACAGGGGAAAUAGUCUUUAUAAAACACAAAUGAGCAAUAGUGUUGUGGUCCAAACAGGCUCUGCUGGUGUGUAGUUCAUGAUUUUGCACCAAAA